GAGGGCUGCGCGCCACCACGCCUGGAGGACUCCUCUAGCAUCUGUGCGUGCUAUCCGUAGGACUCCAGAUCAGCCGCCGCUUUGCUCGCCAUGGACCCCAACUGCUCUUGCGCUACCGGUGGCUCCUGCACCUGCGCCGGUUCCUGCACCUGCAAAGAAUGCAAAUGCACCACCUGCAAGAAGAGCUGCUGCUCCUGCUGCCCAGUGGGCUGUGCCAAGUGUGCCCAGGGCUGCGUGUGCAAAGGGGCUUCCGACAAGUGCAGCUGCUGCGCCUGAUUGAGUCGAGCCCUGCUUCCACGUGUACAUAGAAUGACAGAAA